GUACGCACUUGUACUUUGUUCAAAUUGCUGGUUCAUGUUUUUUUGUGUUCAUUUGGUUCAUGUAUUCCCAAUUAUCUGAAGUUAGAGAUUGCAACAGAGUUAGUCACAAUGUUGCCGAGUAAUUUUUUUAUUUGGUAGUUGGAAAGCACCAGUUUUGGGGUUGAUCUCAGUGUCCAUGUAAGGAAGCAGCUUUCUCUCUGUGUUUCUCCUCUUGGAUAGCAGCCUAGCAGCAGCAGGGCCAGGGAUCCAACGCCCUCAUCUCCAAUCUUUUUCCUCUCAACCCCUCUAUUUUUCUCCUUUCCUAAAGAGAAGAAAUCAUGUCUAUAAAAUCUGUGGUUCAUGGAGUACUGACAAAGUGGCUUUUGAUUUUUGAAUAGUUUUCAUUGUCAAAGAAUAGUUUGUUGAAAUUUCAAAUAAUCUCAAAUGGGAAAAUGCCACUGGGGGAACCCAAUAGUAAAGCGGCAUUACCAGGUGAGCCAGCAGGCAGCAGUACAUGUAAACUAUAGUUCCACCGGUAGGCAAUGGCAGUUGCCAGUUGCCCAGUAAAUAAUACUAAUACAACGGGAAAAAAGAAAAGCACUGUGUAGACUUGAAGACAUCAUCAAAGCAAAGCCGUCAAAAUGUGGACUUAGUUUUGUGAAAGCUCAAAUCCCCUUUUUCCCCUUUACUUUUUUUUAAGUUUUUAACAACUCUUCUGCUCUUUUUCUUCUUCUUCUUCUUCUUCGUUUCUCGUCCCCCUCUUUGCCAUUCUUUUUUACCUCUAGUCUGGUCUGGCCUGGUCUGGGUUGCUGUUCAAAUUUCUGCUUCCCCUCUAUAUUUAAAACCCCCUUUUCUCUCUAUUCUCACUUUCACUUUCCCUUCCCUUCGGACUUUUCUUAGUUUCUCUUUUCUUUUUUUUCCCCACUUUACUUUCCCCUCUUGGCUACUGUUUACUAAGUCCUCUUUCUUUCCCAACUUGUGGAAAAAGCUCCCCCUUCCCAUCUCUCAUCUUCUCUCAUGGAACUCAUGCCAUUUCUCGUGAACUCCCAUCUCAAUCUCUCUUCCACGUAAUCCUCUCUUUUUUUUUCCUCUCUCUCUGGGGCUAAUUAAUAUAACCUCACCUGGCUGGUUGGCUGCUCUGCCUCACCUCCUCUGUUUCUUUGUACUUUGUACAUUCUUUUUUUCACACCUCAAUUUCCCCCCUCCUUACAUCAGGAUGAUCCUCCUCACCACCUUGUCAUUUGAUUGUACUAGUUUCGAUUAAUUGGAGAAAAAAAUUACGAUGAGGUCUCCUCAGCGUCAGCAGAAUCAAACCCAGGAAACGGUGCUCCGCAACGGUGGGAUUGAGACCCCUUCUCCUCGCCCAAGAAUCCAGGCCCAUUUCCAUUCCACCGUCUCCGAACAGAAGCUCCGCCGCUUGAACAUCCUGAUCCUUGUGUUCCGAUUCGCCACCCUGUGCUUCUCCCUGGCCGCCGCCAUCUUUAUGUUCUCCACUACCCGGGCUCGGGGCUCCAAAUCCCCCAGCUGGACCGACUUCGAAGCCUUGAGAUUCGUCGGGAUUGCCAACGCCAUUGUCGCCCUUUACUCCCUCUUCGAAGUCGGAGCUUCCGUUUGGGAGAUUACCGGCGGGACCACCUUUUUGCCCGAGGUUUUGCAGGUCUGGUUCGACUUCGCUCACGAUCAGGUGUUCGCGUAUAUGCUGCUGUCGGCGGACUCGGCGGGGACGGAGCUGGCACGGUCGCUGAAGGGGAAGGACACGUGUACGGAGAGCAACGCGUUUUGCAUACAGUCGGACAUAUCCAUAGCCCUUGGAUUCGCCGGGUUUUUGUUCCUGGGCUUAUCUGCCUUGCUUUCCGGGUUCCGGGUCGCCAGUUACAUCAUCAAUGGCUCACGUUUUCACCUCUAGUUGUAGUCACAACUUAGAAGUAGUAGUAGGCAAUUUUCUUCGAUUGUGGCAAUGUUAUCCUUCUAAUUAUUCUAAUAAUAGUACUAUUAUUAUUAUAGUAUAUCAUAUAAUCUGAUGAUAAUUAAAUACAUAUGUUAUAUUCUCUUUGGUCCUUAUUAUAAGGUAUUUUAACUUGUUCUAAAUUUCACUUAAAAUGUCUUUUUAAUUAAAAAAAUCUGAAAAAAUAUAUUUUUACAUUCGUUAGGUUGUUUUCUUAAUUAUUAGGAAAUUUUUUAAUAUUUUAAAGAUUUUUAUUUCAAUUAAAAAGAUAUCUUAAAUGAAAUUUAGAACAAAUCAAAAUAUCUUAUAAUAAGGACCGGGAGUUGGAGCGUGUGAAAGGGUGGGUUAUUUAUUGUCUUUUGUUCCUCCUACCUACACAGUCGAGUUUCUCGUCACAAAUACAUGGAUAAUUGUCGGAAUUUUUUUUAUUAGUUUUUGUUUUAGGAACCAUGCUCUUACUUCAAUCGUUUACUUUGUUUGGUCAGAAAACGCAAGUUUUUCAGUUAUUCUUAGUAUAGUCAUCAUCCUAGCUGCUGGCUGUUUGUUCAAAUUAAUGUUAUUGCAAGUUUCUUUCACAUCUAAUAGGCCUUCUGCUCAUUUUAUUCCAUUUCUU